AGUAAUAGCAUUGUCUACCUCCUACCUGACUCCCUGCGGCGGUAUCUGCCGGGUAACUCCCUGACGGAAAGCGCUUGCUUGGGUACCCACGGGUACCUUACGUACCCAACAUACAGGCCUGCGAAUUCCGAGAAAGGGAGAAGGAAAAGCGGGCCCCAGCUGACAACGGCUGGGCGAUAGUUGGUUCGAUAAGAUCCGUCACAAACAGGGAGUAUACUCCGGUCCGGACACCCGCCCUUUUCUUCCCCAGUGCGCGACUUCGACGAACUUUCCAUCAACACCACGUAUCCCCCGCCCUCUCUACGAUUCGUUGCGGAAUCCUGGCGGUCGCGCGAGAUGGCUGCCUUCGUCAAAGCAAUUAACGCUAAGAUUCGGUCGAAUCCGACCGUGAGCUACUUCUGCUCGACACACUUCUGGGGACCAGCGUCGAACUUUGGUAUUCCAGUUGCCGCCGUCAUGGACGCGCAGAAGUCGCCUGAACUAAUUUCCGGCCAAAUGACCCUCGCCCUUACCAUCUACUCGGCGACAUUCAUGCGAUACGCCCUCGCCGUGACACCCAAAAACUACCUCCUCUUCCUCUGCCACUUUGUCAACGAGGGCUCGCAGUUGACGCAAGGUUACCGAUACCUGGAUUGGUACCAUUGGGGCGGCAAGGAGAAGGCGGAGGCUAAGGCAAGCGCUGCUCUCCCGAACAACCAGAUUAAAGAGGCCUCCUCGAAAUGAAUGGCUUCGUAGCAUCGGCGUGUUUUUAGGC